GAAGUCCCAUUAUUUCACUAUCAUUUCCCCAAUCUCCACCUCACCUGAGCCGUCGCCGGAGCUCCGGCGAACCCACGGCGGCGGGCGGGCGGGCCCGAGCUUCGCAGAUGAGUGGCGUGAGGAGGGCAGCGGGGCGGCCCAAGAUCGGCGACCUCGCGACCAGCGACGUGGUGGUGCGGCUGCGGACGCCGGAGGGCCGCGACGAGUGGCUCUACUGCCACUCCGGCGUGCUCGCCGCCGGGAGCAGGUACUUCGCCGACCGCCUCUCCGACGACUGGCCCACGUGCCAGAUCCUCGGCUCCCGCUACUGCGUCGAGGUCCACUGCCAGGAGCUGGACCUCAGCCCCCACGUCACCGCGCUCCGCCUCCUCUACGCCGCCGAGCCGUGCUCCCGCUUCGGCGUCCGCGGCGCGCUCGGCGUCCUCCAGGCCGCCGCCCACCUCGCCUGCCCGCGCGUCGCCGCCGCCUGCGUCGACUACCUGGAGUCCGCGCCGUGGGACGAGGCCGACGAGGAGGAGAUCCUCAGGACCAUCCCUUGCCUCGGCCCCCAGUACGAGUGCGUCCUCGCGCGGCUCCGCCCGAUCGAUCCCGCGCCGGUGGCCGGCAUCCUCCUCUCGGCGUUCCGGCACGCGACGUCGACGCGCUCGCCGCCGCAGGAGCUCAAGUCCGCGGCUCAGGAGCAGCUGGAGUACAUGCUCACCGAAGACGACGACGCGCCAUUGUUAGCCUUCGAUGAUGACAUUGUCAGGUCUCAAGUGAAGGAUUGUGUUGCAGCUUUGCUGAGCAGGUUCAGUGGGUUCACGAGUUCAAUCCUGAUGGAACAGGGAGAGGCGCCUUUAGGCCACGGCGACGCCGAGGUUCAGCAGGAGCUGCAUUCUCUUGUUUCAGAUAUCUCCUGGGUCUGUCAGAUCUUGAGCAAGCUGGAGAUGAUGAAAUGUGUUGUUGUUUACUGGAUUGGGGUUUCAUCCGAUGUCGUUGAAGCUGUCGACAAAGCUUGUGGGGGAAUCAGCUGCCUGAAGACUAGAUUGAAGGUGAUUGAGGUGUCUGCAAAGGUCCUGGAGGCGAUUGCAUUUGGCAACAUUGUUCUCCCAACCGAGAAACGUUGUGAUGCUGUCAAUGUUUGGAUUGGCUUUGCAAGGAGAACAAAGCCUUUGGUCGGACAUCCCGAACACGAUGACGAUGACGGUGAUGCUGAAGCACCUAAGAUCAACCUAGACAGUGAGGUCUGGCAGAGCCUGGAAUCAGCUAUUGUUUCAAUUGUGCUAACGCUACCGUCGAACAGUCAAGCUGACAUUUUGUCAGAUUGGCUUCAGUCGAAGCAUGCUAAGUAUCCAGACUUGACGGAGGCGUUUGAAGUGUGGUGUUAUAGAUCAAAGGCUGCUAAGAGAAGACUCUCCUUCUUGAGCCAUGCCAAUAGGGUAUCUUGAUUCUUCACUUGUCCUUCAAAAUCAAACACAGGGGAAAUGUCCUGGCUGUUUGUACUCACUACAGGCAGCACAGAGUGCCUUUGACCGACAUCAAAUAUCAUGAAAUUCCAAUUUGUCCUUCCUUUUAUCACUGUUGUCAUCGGAGUUGCUUGAGUAUAUCACUGUUGUCUAAAAUGAUAGAUAAACAAGAUGCCAUAACAGUUUGGUUGACAAAAAAACAGUGAGAAUAUAUGUUCCAAAUUCCAACAAGCAUAUUUCCACAUGGAUAGCAGCUUCUGGAAGGAUAUCUGGGUAGGAAAAGUACCUUUAAAUCUUGUGUUGGCAAAUAUUUUCUCAACAUGUGAGGGUCCUGAUUUAAGGUGGCUGAAUGCUGGGACGAUGGCUCUUGGAGCAUAACUUAGAACCUUUGGACAAAUAGUUCAUGUAUGCUUGCACUCACAGAAGCGGCUAAUGUUUGCAUGAUCUAGCUUUGCAAGUCUUGAAUUAUCUACUUACAAGUUACUUGGAAGGUUCUAAGUUGUACAAUCAGCCGGCCACAUAUAUCUUCCUUUGCUACAUGGUUCUUUAAUAACCUGUUCAUCCGCUCAGGAUUUCAGCAGCUUAUUGAAGUCUUCUUGAAGGAACCGAAGACUGUCCAAAAAGAAAGAAAGAAAGAAAGAAAGAAAGGAAGGAAGGAAGGAAGGAAGGAAAAAACAGUUGCUUUGGGAAGGACAAAGAGAGAGCUCUGGCAAAGCUCAAAUGGCAACAGAAAUGCCGAAGACUGAACAAGAGUUCUGUCAGGCUUUGCAUGGCACCUGAAGACUUAGCUCCUUUUUUUUUUUUGAGAUGGUAGACUUACUUAUACUAUUUUGUAAACCAUCUGAAACUGAACAUGAGCACCAAAUUAAUCGCUGUUCUGUCUCUGGUGUACAUUGGCAUGUGGAGUUAUGGAGUUUCAGAUUCAUUCCUUA